CAGGGCAGUAAAUGGUUUCGGUGGUCGCUGUGAAGCCAGGAAUAAUAGCCGUGAAAUUAACCUAAGCGUGAGCUGCUUUUCUGUGUCAUGUAGUUUGAGUUUGAAGCAGAUUUUCCGGUUUGUCUCUCGGAUGCCAUCUUAAUCCCCCUCCAGUCACCGGAAGUGCUAGAUAAAGCCGAGGUUGCAAAGUGCGUCACAGCGCGGAGCUGCGGAGAAUAAACGGAGCCUUGCUUUGCAGCCCAGCGCCGACAUCCUCCGCUUUUCUCUGUGCACAAGAAGCCCCGGGCUCACGUUUGACAAACCACCAUGGUGAAGAUUGCUUUCAACUCUGCUCUGGCGCAGAAGGCGCUGGGCAAAGAGGUGCCAACCGCUGUGAAGGAUCCUGAGCUGGCCUCUGCUCCUGCUGGGAACGAGGGCUCCACAGGUCGCUGUCUGCUCACUCUGCUGGGAAUCGCCUUCAUCCUCAGUGGGCUGAUCGUGGGGGGAGCAUGUCUCUAUCGAUAUUUCACCCCAAAGAGGCUGUAUCAUGGUGCCAUGCAGUUCAAUGACGUGUCGGCCGGAGCUGGAGGAGAGAGCCAGCCUUACUACCUGCCUCGGGUGGAGGAGGAGGUGGAAAUCUCUGACAACAUGGCCGUCAUCAGCGUCCCCCCACCCCGCUUCAGACCUGGAGACCCUGCUUACAUCCUCCAUGACUUCAACAGGAAGCUGACGGCUUAUCUGGACCUGACUCUGAGGACCUGCUUUGUGAUUCCUCUGAACACCUCAGUGGUGCUCCCCCCUCAGGACCUGAUCGACCUCUUCUCACAGCUGAUGUCUGGCUCUUACCGCAGCUACCUGGUGCAUGAGGAUCUGGUGGUGACUGAGCGUAUUGAUGAUAUCAAACCUCUGGGCUUCUACAUCCGCCGUCUGUGUGAUGGAAAGGAAACAUACAGAAUGCAGCGCCGUGCCAGCCUGCCAGGUGGAGGCAUCCAGAAGCGCUCUGCAGACGAAUGUUUCACCAUCCACCACUUUGAGAACAAGUUUGUGACGGAGACCAGGAUCUGCAAGGCUUGAUGGGAAAGCAUGAGGAUAGAUCAGAGAGAGAGAGAGAGAAUGAUAGAGAGCACCAGAGUGACUGAGACAAAGAGUGGGUGGGAGUGGGCGCGGGAGGGAACUCCUUUCAGCAGAAAGUUGCUUUUGUAUAAAUCUCUAACUCUGGUUUUUGCUUCCCCAGCUUUAACCCCAGUGAUAAGUGAAUUUAAGUUACAGCGUUAUAGCCUAAACCCCCCCCCAUCCCACCCCCUCCUCUGCUGCAUUCCCUUAGACCUAUAUAGGUCAUAGCUCUCGCUCUUGCGCAAGUAUUCACUAGCUAGUGUUGUACUGAUAAGCUGCGUCAGCCUGCUAAACAUAUAACUAAGUUUCAUUUGUUAUGUUGCUUUUACUUCUGUUGCUGUAACUCCUGCAGACUAAUCUUAUUGUUGUUACUACUGCUACUGAAUAUCCUAGUGAUACUGAGAAGUCAUUCAUAUCAGACCUGUCUGUGUAUCAGCCUACUGUUCCCACUCUUAAUGGGGUUUAUAGAUCAGCCAUGAUAAGAUAUACUGUAUGUUAUAGUGUGAAAUAGCACAAGUCACCCUGGAGAGGUAUGGUACUAUACCGAUACAGUGCACGUGUAACGUGUUUGUCGUAGUCUGUCGUAUGGAUGGUAGCAGAGUUGCACAAGCCCAGAGCUCUCAGUCAACACUUUGUAGAUAUUUCCCAGAGUGCCCUGCUGCUCCCAGAGGCCUCUACUGUGUCCUGGUGUGUGAUGAUUUCAUGUAAACCUGACGGCGAACAGUCUAGCACCCUAUAUGACCAGUGUUUGUGUUUGUGUAGAAACCUCAUUUGUGUCAAUGGAACUUGGAGGAUGGUUGAUAAGCUAAAGGGAAAUUCCACCAAAUUUAACACUAGUUUUUGAACUCUUAUUUAUAAACAUGUAGUCAGUCCCGUAACAUGGAGUUAUCCUUACAGAGAGAGAAAGAAGUACGUUCCUGUAGGUUUAGCAUUUUAUAUAUAUAUUUAAAAUUGUCACAGGAACAAAUUAUCCACAUCGGUUUGUUUAUUUGAUUUUUGAAAGUCCUUGCUUGUAUGAAGUAUGGAGAACAAAAAAAAAAGUAUUUUUGCCAAAUAAAUUCAUUUUCAGUG